CGGCCGGCCGCCCCACACGCCGUCGGCGCUAUAGCAACGGUAGCUAGCGGCGGGGAGAGAGUGGCGAUACGCAAUGUCUGGUCCAACUGAUGAGACUGCAGGAGACCUGCCUGUGAAAGAUACAGGUCUAAAUCUCUUUGGAAUGGGAGGGUUACAAGAAACUUCAACAACACGGACAAUGAAGUCUCGCCAGGCAGUGUCACGUAUCAGUCGUGAGGAACUGGAAGACAGAUUUUUGCGUUUGCAUGAUGAGAACAUUUUACUUAAACAGCAUGCCCGCAAGCAAGAGGAUAAAAUUAAAAGAAUGGCCACCAAGUUAAUACGGCUAGUUAAUGACAAGAAAAGAUAUGAACGGGUUGGUGGCGGCCCCAAGCGGCUGGGAAGAGAUGUGGAAAUGGAAGAAAUGAUUGAGCGGCUGCAAGAGAAAGUUCAUGAGCUUGAAAGACAAAACGAAGUCCUCAAAAACAGACUAAUUUCAACCAAACAGCAACUUCAGAUCCAGGGUCACAGGCAAACUCCAUACAGUUAUGUGCAAUCUCGCGUUAACACUGGGAGUAGAAAAGUGAAUGAAUAUGCAGGCUUACAGGAAUGCCCCAGGAAAGGUAUUAAAUUCCAAGAUACAGAUGUAGCGGAAACUCUGCAACCCAUGCCUACAAAACAUGGCAACAGUUUACUCGAAGAAGCCAGAGGAGAAAUAAGAAAUUUAGAAAAUGUUAUUCAGUCACAGAGAGGCCAGAUAGAAGAGUUAGAGCACUUGGCUGAGAUCCUGAAAACUCAGUUGAGGAGAAAAGAAAAUGAAAUUGAGUUAUCUCUUCUUCAGCUUCGAGAACAGCAGGCUACAGAUCAAAGGUCAAACAUUCGGGACAACGUAGAAAUGAUUAAGCUUCAUAAGCAACUAGUGGAGAAAAGCAAUGCUCUUUCAGUAAUGGAAGGAAAAUUUAUUCAGCUUCAAGAGAAGCAAAAAACUCUCCGGAUCAGCCAUGAUGCCUUGAUGGCAAAUGGAGAUCAGCUAAACAUGCAGCUUAAAGAGCAGCGUUUAAAAUGCUGCAGUCUUGAGAAGCAGUUACGUUCCAUGACAUUUUCUGAAAGAAGAAUAGAAGAGCUGCAGGAUAGAAUUAACGAUUUAGAAAAGGAACGGGAACUUUUAAAGGAAAACUAUGAUAAACUUUAUAACAGUGCCUUCAGUGCUGCCCAUGAAGAGCAAUGGAAGCUAAAGGAACAGCAGCUGAAAGUACAGAUUGCUCAACUCGAGACUGCCUUAAAAUCCGAUUUAGCAGACAAAACUGAAAUCCUUGACAGAUUAAAAACUGAAAGAGACCAAAAUGAGAAAAUCAUUCAAGAAAAUAGAGAACUACAGUUACAGUACCUGGAACAAAAGCAACAACUUGAUGAACUUAAAAACCGCAUGAAGUUUUACAACCAGGAGAGUGAUAUUAAUGCUGAUGAAUUGAGUGAAGCUCUCCUGCUUAUAAAGGCUCAAAAAUCACAAAAAAAUGGAGACCUUUCUUUUUUAGAGAAAGUAGACAGUAAAAUUAAUAAAGAUCUAGAACGCUCCAUGAAAGAGCUGCAAGCAACUCAUGCAGAAACAGUGCAAGAGCUUGAAAAGACAAGAAACAUGCUAAUUAUGCAACAUAAAAUUAAUAAAGAUUAUCAGAUGGAAGUUGAGGCAGUGACCCAGAAGAUGGAAAAUUUGCAGCAAGAUUAUGAACUCAGAGUGGAACAGUAUGUCCACCUUCUUGAUAUCAGGGCUGCACGCAUCCAGAAACUAGAAGCCCAAUUAAAGGAUAUUGCGUAUGGCACCAAGCAGUACAAAUUUAAACCAGAAAUCAUGCCAGAUGACUCCGUUGAUGAGUUUGAUGAAACCAUUCACUUAGAACGAGGCGAAAACCUACUUGAAAUCCAUAUCAACAAAGUAACCUUUUCUUCUGAAGUUUUACAGGCAUCUGGAGAUAAAGAGCCUGUCACCUUCUGUACCUAUGCUUUCUAUGAUUUUGAACUACAGACAACUCCCAUAGUGCGGGGCCUUCACCCAGAAUAUAACUUUACUUCUCAAUAUCUCGUUCAUGUUAAUGACUUAUUCUUACAAUACAUUCAGAAAAAUACUAUUACUCUUGAGGUCCACCAGGCUUACAGCACAGAUUAUGAAACAAUCGCGGCAUGUCAAUUGAGAUUCCAUGAAAUUCUAGAAAAAAGCGGUCGAAUAUUUUGCACAGCAAGUUUGGUUGGAACUAAAGGAGACAUCCCCAAUUUUGGCACGGUGGAAUACUGGUUCCGAUUAAGAGUUCCCAUGGAUCAAGCAAUUCGACUUUAUCGAGAACGGGCAAAGGCUUUGGGAUAUAUAACAUCAAAUUUUAAGGGGCCAGAGCAAAUGCAAUGGUUAAGUCAGCAAGCACCCAAAACUGCUCAGCUCGGUUCUACUGAUUCCACAGAUGGCAACUUAAAUGAACUUCAUGUUACAGUGAGAUGCUGCAGCCACCUGCAGUCCCGAGCAAGCCACCUUCAGCCACACCCAUAUGUUGUGUACAAGUUUUCUGACUUUGCAGACCAUGACACAGCCAUCAUUCCCAGUAGCAGUGAUCCACAGUUUGAUGAUCAUAUGUGUUUCCCAGUGCCAAUGAAUAUGGAUUUGGAUCGAUACCUUAAGUCAGAGUCUCUGAGUUUUUAUGUGUUUGAUGAUAGUGAUACCCAGGAGGAUAUUUACAUAGGAAAAGUCAAUGUGCCUCUGAUUUCAUUGGCACAUGACAGGUGUAUUUCAGGAAUAUUUGAGUUAACAGAUCAUAAAAAGCAUCCUGCAGGAAGCAUCCAUGUUAUAUUGAAAUGGAAAUUUGCUUACCUUCCACCAAGUGGAUCCAUAACAACUGAAGACUUAGGGAAUUUCAUACACAAAGAAGAGUCUGAAGUUGUUCAAAGACUACCUCCAACAUCCUCUGUUAGCACACUAGUAGCACCAACACCUAAGCCAAGACGUUUAACACCUAAAGAUAAGAAGGUAUCUUUUGUGGAUAUCACACCAUAUCAGCGUUCUGAGACCUGUACUCCUCCUGAAGAUACGAAGGAAAUUUCACCAGAAGUGGAACAUACGCCAGAAAUAGAAAUUAAUAUGCCAACUGUUUCACAUAUUCCUGAGGUUUCUCAGGAAAGCAGUGUAGAUAAGGUAAAAGAGAAUACAGAGAAAGUGCAACAAGGAAAAGAUGAUGAUGUGUCUUUACUCUCUGAGGGUCAGCUUGCAGAACGAACUUUGACUUCUUCUGAAGAUGAAACAGAAAUAACUGAAGAACUGGAACCAGAAGAUGAAGAAGACAGAUCAGCUUCUGACAGUGAUGAGUGUUUUAUUCCAGGUCCUAUCGCCAAGAGCAUCAAACAGCCAUCAGAAAAAAUUCGGAUUGAGAUCAUAGCUCUAAGCCUUAAUGAUUCUCCAGUAACUGCAGAUGAUACUAUCCAGCGACUAUUCAUUGAGUGCCGAUUCUACAGUCUUCCUGCUGAAGAGACACCUGUGUCACUUCCAAAACCCAAGAGUGGGCAGUGGGUCUACUAUAACUAUAGCAAUGCGUUCGCUUCACUGUGGUCAGUGACCCUCCAGAGGAUGAGCAGGAUCUGGAGUGUGAGGACAUCGGCAUUGCUAACGUUGACCUCGCUGACAUGUUUCGGGAAGGGAGAGACAUCAUCGAGCAAAGUAUUGAUGUUUUGGACGCUCGAGCAGAUGGUGGAGGUAUUGGCAAGCUCAGGGUAACUGUCGAAGCACUCCAUGCCCUACGGUCUGUCUACGAGCAAUACAGAGAUGACUUGGAGGCUUGAAAGAAACUGCUCCAGAGGCAUCUCCUACUCCUGAGUAAAUGCUCACAUGAAAGCACUUAGAUGAGAUUUUCGUAAUUACUCUGGUGUAUGUAAUCUAUAAUUCAUGGGAAGCUGGGAGGGGAGAGGCCUGGGUUUGAAGUGUUCAAGUUUUGUAUACUUUUUCCAUUUGUUUAUUUUUCUAUUCCCUCCUUCCCAUGACUGCCACCCCCUCAGGACUUAAGUUCUGCACAGUGGGCAACACCUUCUCAAUAAUUUAUACCUACAUGAUAACAUGAGAAAGGCUAUUUGCAUUUUCAACAUUUUCUUAUGAAGAACUGAAAUGCAAUUCCCAUUUUUAUUUUUAAUAAGCAAAAAGCAUAAAUCUUAGAAAACCUAUGAAAAAGAAAUACUUUUAUGUUAUCCCUAAUUGUCCCACUAAAUGGAAUGUGUAUUAUUAGCCUCAUUAAGAGUUUUGCACUGUGAAGAUUUUAUUAGAAGCAAUAUAUGAAAAUUACUUGGAUUAAUGUGUUAAUCUUCCUCUUUAAAAUGGUAAUAUCCAUUUUAUGCACAUUAAAGCUCAGUAUGCAUUUUCUUUGAUGCAUGCCAUUUCUAUCAAUUAAAUAUAAAGAAUGAGACUUGGCACCAACUUAUUAAAUUACUGCAAGUUUUUUGUUUUUCUUUCUUAAAAAUUACAGUUCUUCUUAUUUGUAUUGUUUUCAUGUAUUUGUAAUGGUAAUAUGGGAUCCAGGAAUGUGUGUAUGUAAAGAAGAGACAGAUACAUGAAAUUUACACUUUGAAAACUUAGCUUAUGACAUAGAAAGAAAAUAUUAAAAAUAUGCCUCAAAUUCUGAUAUGCUUAGUUAGACCUGAAAGGAGUAUCUUUUUAUCAUUUUUUAAAUUUACAUCAAGCUUGUACAAUGCUAGGGUGUAUCUGGAUAACCAGAUCCUCGAAAAGCAGCUCAGAAAGUUAAUUUUCUAGCUUUUACUCAAUCUCACUGAAGGAUUUAAUUGAUAUUUUUAAUGGAGCUGUGAAUCAAUGCUGCAAAGGAAUUGUCUCUAGAGGUCUAGGAUAUAAUGCAUUUCAUUUUUUAAUUUACUUUUUUAUUUGUCAUUUUCUUCAAAGGAUUUUUAUAGGCUGUGGGUUUUCACUGUUUGCAAACAGGCUAUGUUCCUUCUUAAGCAUAUGUAAAGUAUUCAGGGAGAUAAGUAAUUUAUUAAAAUCUACCUAAUUUGCCGUGAUAUAUUAAAUCUCUGCUUCAGUGAUCACAGACCAUUUCAUUUAGAGAAUUAGGCAUUCCCUCUUUGUGUGAUUAAAGCUCUGGAAAAUGA